CAUCAGCUCUGCUGAAUAGACUAGUAAACACCGAUCUGCUCUCUAAAACCGCUGGGGUUGGGAUGUUCACUCGUACAGAAACGGGCCGGUGGGAGCUGGAAGUUAGAGGAGCGAGUGCAGAGGAGCGUCAGUGCGGAGAACAGCCAACCUAAAUUAAGGUUACAAUUAUCCUACUAGACCCUGGAGGGAUGUGUCGUAGACAGAAGGAAUUAAUGAAGGAGCAAAGCGAUUAAAAACAUUCGGGUCUUGUCUCAAGACAUGCUCGUCGUCUUUCUGAGCACGAUGUUAGAGGACAUUGUGCAGAAGUGAGGAACUGCAAACCGAGAUGGACAGAGACUUGGAGAGCUAUGAUAUCGCUGCCAUGCAGAUAUCGUGAGGGAAGCGGGUUUUUGGAAGUGUGACGUCUAAAUGUGACUAAAUGCAUCUUCAACAACCACUGAGCCCAACAUAGAUACCAACCUGAAAACAUCUGGUUAUGAGAACUGGCACCACAAAAGUCCCUUGGAAGGAGGUAAGAUGUUCAUGGAUCUGUGUGGCCGGCGGGGCGCAUGGACAGUCCUGCUGUUGUGGUGCAUAAACCUAUCGGCUGCAGACCUCACCUGCCCGCAAAAAUGCACUUGUUACCUUGACACUUUGGAGGUCAACUGCUCCUCAAGACACCUGACAGGUGUGCCUGAGGGGUUACCAAACAAUGCCAAAUGCUUAGAUCUUUCAAGAAACCAGCUGAAAACGCUGGCCAGGCGUCAGUUCUCCAGCCUGUCAAAGCUAGAGGACCUGGACCUAAGUGAGAAUAUAAUCUCUAUGAUUGAGGUGGAAACAUUUCAGGGGCUAAAGAACCUGCGAUACUUGAGGAUUAAGAACAACCGUCUUAAGAUCCUCCCGGUUGGUGUCUUCUCUGGUCUCUCCAACCUUCGACGUCUGGAUAUCAGCGAGAAUGAGAUCCUGGUUUUUCUGGAUUACACAUUUCGGGACAUGAUUAAUCUACAGCAGCUUGAUGCAGGAGAAAAUGACCUGGUGUUUAUCUCGCAACGGGCAUUUGUUGGGCUUCAGACGCUGAAGGAGUUGAAUGUGGACCGCAGUAAUUUGACCUCCAUCCCCACAGAGGCUCUGUCGCAACUUCAGAGCUUGACUAAGCUGCGUCUGCGCAAGCUGACCAUAAGCGUCCUGCCCAACAAUGCCUUUCGCCGACUGCACCAGCUGCGCACCUUGCAGAUCCUCCACUGGCCUUCUCUCGAGAUGCUAAAUAGCAACAGCUUGGUAGGCCUGAACCUUACCACCUUAAUUUUAAGCAACUGCAACCUCAGCGCCGUACCUUAUGCUGCGCUGCGUCCUCUCACCUACCUGCAGUACCUUGACUUGUCCUACAACCCCAUCACCUCCAUACAGGCCAACCUUCUUGGGGAGCUUCUGCGGCUCCAAGAGUUGCACCUGGUAGGUGGGAACCUGCUACGUAUUGAGCCGGGUGCCUUCAGGGGUCUGGUCCACUUUCGUCUGCUCAAUGUGUCCUCGAAUCGCCUGUUCACAUUGGAAGAAAGCGUCUUCCACUCCGUAGGGAACUUGCAGACACUGAGGCUGGACAGAAACCCAUUGGCUUGCGACUGCAGGUUACUCUGGGUCAUGCGACGACGGCGGCGGCUGGAUUUCGAUGGCCGCCAACCCACCUGUUCGCCUCUAAAUCAGCACAAGAAGGCUUUUCGUGACUUUUCAGAAGCUGAUCUCCCGGUUAUAUUUACUUGCAGACAAGCGCAGAUUCUGAACCGCCAGCAGCAGGAUUUGAGUGUUGUGGAGGGCAUGAGCGUAUGGUUUGACUGCAAAGCAGACGGCUAUCCGUCGCCUUCUAUUACUUGGCUGUCAGCCCAGCAGACUGCACUUAGCUCUGUCGGGAGAGUACGAGUGCUUGCUAAUGGGAGCUUGGAGGUGCGUUACACCCAAGUACAGGACAGUGGAACGUAUCUAUGUACUGCAUCUAAUGCAGCAGGCAACGACAGCAUCUCUGUGAGUCUGCAAGUGGAGGGGCUUCCACAAAACCGCACAGCGUCAUAUUUCUCAGACGAGGGAUGGAUGGAAACUUCAUUACCUCCUUCUACCAACUCCUCCGCACGGGUGUCAAGUCCUUACCCGUUUGAUGCGAAAACCCUCAUCAUUGCUACCACCAUGGGAUUUCUCUCUUUCCUCAGCUCUGUGGCGAUCUGCUUUGUGUUUAUGUUCUUCUGGAGUCAGAGCAAAGGUCAGAUAAAACACACUGCCACUAUAGACUUUGUGCCACGAUCAUCCAUGGGUGGAGGUGGAGAUGGUGGGGACACUGGGAGAUUCACAAUGAAGCUUAUUUGAGCUGAAAUAGAGAAGUCAUGGUCAUGGUUACAAUUAGUUGAGCCUUUAAAACUGUAGUAACUCUUAUAGUGGAGCAACUGCUCAUUCAUAAUGCAGCUUGCCAACACAACUAGGUACGAAGCCUUAUUAUAACAUAACAAGUCUGACUGACAACAAUGUAAAUAGGUAUAGUAACUCAACUUUAAAAAAUAAUAAUAAUCUCAUUCAUAUUUUGCCGGCCUGAUUGACAUUAAUGUACUGUAAGUAGGUAUAGUAACUUAACAUUUUAUUAUUAUAACACUUUAGUGGCGAAGUAAGGUAGCCAAUAUAUCAAACCGGUGAUAAAUUCUGUAAUAUUGCUAAGCAAUGCCAAAGUCUGAAGAUGAACAAAAAUAGAAUAAUAAUAAACAC